UUUCAGAAAGUGAGCAAUGUAAUGCUAAGCACGAUUUUCGACGAUUAUUUUGAAUGACUAUCGCCUUGCGUCCACUUCACAAGUCAGUUAUCUUUCUGAAGCAGAGACACUGCUUAACAUUGCUUCGGAAAGAGCAAAUAACUUCAACAGAUCAGCGGUGGCUGUUCGCCGAAUCAAUCGAGCAUAUUGUAAAGAAAAGUAGUAAUACUAGGAAGGACAGAUAUCUUCCCACACUUUCCUUAUCAGAGAAAAAGCUGAGUACUUCACGCAUAAGGCGGAACAGUCACCGGAUUUUCUCAUUGCUGGAUUGCGAGACAUUUAUCAAAAGCGGUCAACAAUUCGAUCAGACAUCUUUAUUGACAGCAUUUUGCUACCUCUUGAAUCAAAAAAUUGGUAAUCUGAUCGAAUUUUUGCAAGGAUCUGGUGACACUCAUGUUCCGUUUUUGUUGAGUUUAUGUGGCCUGCCAAUGAGUGAUGUUACAUGUAAUGCAAAAUCCGAAAUAGUUGAUCGACUUUGGAAAGCACUUGUUCGUGCAAAUAUUGCAAUAACUCAUGAAGCGAUGAAAAGCCGUUUGAGGGUCUUAAUUGAAAAUGAACAAACAUUCGAUGCUUUGGAGAUGUUGAAGGAAGCUGAAACAACAUUCUGUCUCGAACCGGAUGAGGGACUUUUCACUGUUAUUCUGCAGGAGCUUUCAACGACGGGAAGCAUCAGUGCAGUGAAUUCGAUGAUAAGGGAAAUAGAAAAGCGCAAGUUACCCGUGAAUACAGAAAUGAAAGCAUCUCAGAUAUACUGCUAUUUUAAGAAUGAUGAUAAUAACGCAAUGGAACUAGCUCAAAAUGCUAUUAUAGAAUAUGGAAAUGAAAUUGAACCACUAAUUUUCAUGGUGCGCUGUCAAACUGCUAUCGAAAAACGGAAUAUCCAAAAGUUCAAGCUAUUACUGGAUUCACUCUCUUCAUCGGAUUUAUCACUGAAAUUACUCACUGAUGAAAUGGUGAUGAAAUUUGUGUGGUUACUGGCACGUAACGGCACCGAUUCGAUGGGCAAAGAUCAUGAACAACUUUGCACUGAAACACUUCGGAAAGUGAGGAAAGAACGUGGUUUUUUCAAAUUGAUGGUUCGAGAAGCAAAUCGACAUGCGGUCCAUGGCAUGUUCUAUUCAGCCCUCUCAUACUUUCAUAGUGAUUUGCAUGUUUCCGCCAAAUCCAUUUUUAGAGGUGGAUAUGAUUUUGGACGUCAUAUGGACUGGGUUGGUUGUUUUUCAAAAGCUCUGAUAAAUGCUGAAUUGUCUUUGGGAGAAUUGAAAGCUUUAUUUAAACACAUCAAUCGAAACACUCAUCAUGCGCAUUUCUUGCUGGAGCAUAUUUUGUACUAUGUUUUGACACACAGAUUUCUGCCUGUUCAAAAAUCUUUGCCGCUAACUUUGGAGCUUUUGAAAAUUUUGGAUCCUAACUGCAUUAAGAUCCACAUCGUUGUGCCCUUACUUAUACAUGCAUCUGGAGUUGAACAACGCCUCGAAAUAUUGGCUCGUUUUGUAUCAGCUGGUUACAACGAUUUAAAUCACUUGAACCAUGUUGUUAUACGGAAGCUGCUGUUGCAGCCUUUACUUGGAAGGGGUGACACAGCAAAAAACAAGUGGAACACUGAACAGCUUGCUCGUGUUGUGGAUAUCAUCAAGAAGCAUAAAAUAUCAGAAGACGUUGCUUAUAAGCUCUUAGAACCGGUUGUGGUAGGAAUUAGCAGUUUGGAAAAAUGGCUGAAAGAGCAAAGUAAUCGAAUUAAAACUGAUGUAAGGAACUAUAGUGUUCCAAAUACAUUAAAAGAAUACAUAUCAAACCAGGAAGUGGAUAAGAUCCAUGAAUUCAUCAAAAGAAAUGGCUCAACAGAUAUUUCUCAGCUGUUCCAGCCCAUUAUUAUGUUAUACAUUCAUAAAGCUGACUGGGGCACCCUCAUAGAAUACAUAAAACAGAUACAUAGCGAUGGCAGCAGUUUGAUUCACUUAACUAUUGACAAUAUUUUAUUGAUUUUGGUUCGACAUUUGGAAGAAUUCGAGAGUUUUAGCAUGACAUCUGAUUUCGUUUAUUAUUUGCAACAAAUUGUUUCUAGAGAUCUUCACUCAAAUACUCGAAAUCAGAAAAUGCUAAAGAGAUUAAUAAAGCAGAGCUUAGAACUUCUUCACGAAACUGUUCAGUCAUUAAUUGCCUGCUCACGAAUGUUUAGGACACUGGCAGAUGUUAAGUGGAUUCAAUCCGGUUUUUUUGAAAUUGUUUCAACUUCAUUUGCUUCAGCAGCUUUAACAAAAUUCGGUUUUGAAGGAGCUUUGAAAGUUUGCAAUUUUUUCCAAUUUUCUGAUUUUCCAAAUGGUAUCAUUUGUUUAUUGCACUAUGCUGUCAGAAUCAAUGAUGAAAAUCUUACCAGCAAAGCGCUUGCUUUAGCGAGGACAUACUGGCCAGAAUGGAAAGUUUCCGUAACCUUUGCUUCGAUUAUGAUUUCUUUAGAAAAGCUGGAAGAGGCAAAUCGUUUGCUACAAAAAGCAAGUAUUCGAUGGAUAAACGUCUUUCAGACUUAUAAGUUGUUAUGUGCUGUACAUUUUGAUGAGGCACAUAACUUUCACUUCAACUAUCUAAACCUUUUCUCGAAGGUACUGAAAUAUAAUAGACAUGAUGAAGCUUGCACUCGUUUGGCACUGGAUUGUUUGAAGGAUUGCAUUCGGAAAGAUCCAGAUCAGGUUUAUCUGGUGAAGCAUUUUCUCAAAAACAUUGGAAUAUAA